AUGGGCACGUAUGCGGAACAAGCGGGCGAGUUGACCAAAGAUCUGUUGCUAGAGGUCCAGGAGGAGGUGUAUGAGACAACGGUGGAGGAUAUCUCUCGUCCAGGCUCGCCACGUCUCUCGCCGUCGCUAGCGUCUCCGGCAUCGGCGUCGGGUCCGACGUCGGCAUCGGCGUCGGCGUCAUCGACGGCAUCGGCGUCGGCGUCAGCUCCGCCGAUUCAUGGUCACCGGAUCCGAGCCGGUGCUGGCUCGGGUUCAGGCGUCGGGCUCUCGGCUGAAGGUAAGGUCAAGGUGCUCGAGGGUGCUCUUGCCCAGCACCGCGAUCAGCUGGCACAGACCCGCAAGUUGGUGGCGUCGCUGGAAGACGAGGCUACUGGUCUCCGGCGCGAGCUGGAGCACUCGCGCCACGAGCUGGCAGACAUCGUGUCGUCAAAGGACAGUCACAUCCAGAGCCUCACUGCGCAGCUAAACGAGGCUCGGACCGCAGGUUCGCAGCCGAGCGUUGCCGCCUUCCAAGUGGCGGUGGCUGGAGGCGCCGCCCCGGCCGCCAAUGACUCGGUCGCCAGCCUCGAGGCGCGCAUCGAGGAGCUGGAGGAUGCGCUGAUCGAGAUCCGCGAGGAACGCGACAUGUACAAGCGUAUGGCACAGGCGGUCAAGGAACCGGCUGUCCCGGCCCAGCCGAGCCAAGACCUCAUGACUCGCAACGAGGAGCUGCGGACCGCACUCGAGCGCGCCACCGCCCAGCUCGACGUUUUUCGCGUCCAGCAAGAGCAGCUGGUGGCACAGCUCACCCACGAGACGUCGGUCAUCGGACGCGGCGCCGCUGGCGAUCACGACACCGAAUCUCCCAGCGAAGCUCUGCUGUCCUCGGUCGAGCAGUGCGUGGCUCAUGUGGUGGCCGAGCGCGAUGCGCUGGCUGCCGAAAACGCAAAGCUGGUCGCAAAGCUUGACUCCUCGCGACAGGUCCACGACCAGACAGAGAGUACUGUCGAGGGCAUGCGCACGGUCAUUGUCGAGCUCAACGCUACCAACGCCAAGCUCACGGCGGAACUUGCCGCGGCUCGCGAUGCAGCUGCUGCCGAGGUCCAACAGGCCCAGGCUCAACUGGCGUCUGCUACUCGCGACGCCGAAGAGCUCCGCAAUCAGCUGGCCCAAGCCGAGGCGUCUGCCCGGGCCGAUGCCUCGCAGCAGACCCAAAGCCUCCUCGCCCAGCGCGACGAGGCGCUCGCAGCCGCUCGCGACCGUGUGGCCGCUGCAGAACGUGAGCUGGCCAACGAACGCGUCGCUGCUGCCAAUAGCCUCGCCUCCGAGCGCGCCGCCGUGUCAGAGCGCGAUGCAGAGCUUGCUGCCCUUCGCUCACGGCUCGAAGUCGCGCAACAGGCCGCAGCUGCCGCCGAGGAUGCGCGCGCCAAGCUUGCUCUCGAGCUGGAUGCUGCACGCACGACCAUCGAUGCCAAGAUAGCACAGGCCCGUGAGUCGCGGGAGGCCGCUAUGGCGUCCGACAGAGCGCUGGCCGAGACACAGAGUCGGGCACAGGCUGCAGCUGAGACCGCUGCCUCGCGCAUUCGCGAGUUGGAGGCUGCCGUUGCCGCAGCACGGAGCAAUGACGACGAUGCUGCUCACGCCCAGGCUGCAGCUGCGGCCGCUGCAGCACGCGUCUCUGAGCUCGAAUCGACGCUUGCGGCAGUGCAGCAAGAGGGGUCUGCAGGUGCGGCGCGGAUCUCAGAGCUCGAAUCAGCGCUUGCUGCUGCCCGCGGCACAACGGCAGAGCAGGCGCGAGCGCUGGAGGAGGCACAGCAUGCGGCCGGGCGGGCGGCCGAGCUGGAGAACGAACUGCGGGAGGCCAGCCAACAGCUCGUGCGCCUGGGUUCGGAGCUGGAAAAUUCACGCGUCCAGGCCGGUGCCAAAGACGCGCUCGAGGCUGAGCGCGCCCAUGUGCAGGCGCUCUCGAUCCAACUUCAAAAGCAGAAGCAGGCACUCGCCGCUGCCGAGAUGGAGCGGACCGAAAUGGCGAUGGCGCACCAGAGAGCUCUGACUGAAGUCACCGAGCCGUACGCCAAAGCGCGUAAGGAUCUCGAACGACUCAAGGCGCACCUCAUCGAGUCGGAGGAGCGGCACGCUGCCAAGGUGCUCGCGUCGGACAAGGAGCUCGCGGCGCUCCGGGCCCAGCUCGACCUACAGGGGCGGGCGUCGUCCGAGACCCACGAGGCGACGGCAGCUGAACUCAAGGAAACCCGGGCAGCGCUGGAGGCGAGCCGCGAGCAGGCGAGCACGCUCAAUGCUCAGGUGGAGCGACUGGCGACCGAGAACCGCAACCUCGUCUCGGUUGUCGACCAGCUCCAAGAGUCGCAGGACGAGCUUGUGGCUGCGCGGGUCGACGAGGCGACCGAGGCGCUCACUGCGGCCCAAGCCAAGGUUGCUGCGCUCGAGGCCGAGCUGGACCAGGUCCCGGUGUUGCAGCGCGAGCUUGCCGAGGCCCGCGAGGUCGGGGCCCGGACUCAGGCCCGACUCAGCCACACUACCACCGAACUGCACACAGUGCAGGACGAGCUGGUGGCAAUCAAGGCGUCGAUGCAGAAAAUGAUGGCUGCACAGCAGGCGCUCACCGCCAGCGACGCCCGUAUCGACAAGGCUCUGGUGGCCAACCUCCUCGUGACAUACUUCACCAAGGCCGAUGCAGAAAAGGCGGGCGUGCUGAGCGUCCUCUCGUCGAUGCUCGACCUGGACGAAGAACAGCAGGCGGCUAUCGGAGUCGGCGCAGGCGCCGGCCUCACCGGCUGGAUCUCGUCGUGGUUUGGCCCGACCAGCAGCGGCUCUGCAGGCUCUGCUGGCACCAGUGCAAGCGGCAAGGGCCUCUCUGACCUUUGGGUCGAGUUUCUCCUCAUGCACGCCGACGCGCCCGAGUAUACCGACGCCGGCCAAGAUGCUGGGCCGAGUGAUGGCGUGGACGCUCCCGUUGGCGAGGACGGGGCGCCGGCUUCGUCAGGCCUUGCUGCCAUCACCUCGGGCGUGGCGGCGGUGUGAGUCAGGAUGUGUGUCACAGCAGGUAGCACUUUAUGGAUCCCAGCAUCAAAUGAGCGACGGCGGGA